CUUUUAAUUUGACGGUUCCGAGUCUUAUCAUACCGGAUGUGCUGACGUAGUUUGUGUAAACUUGAAGCGGCCGGUCAGCGGAAGGUCGCUCCACAACAACAACAAACAACAACAAACAGACUGCAGAAAGUUAAAGGUUAAACUCCGAAUUUUGUUCUUCACUGUGAGCGGGAAAUAUACGACUUCCGGUCGCAGUUUGAACGAAGUAACUAAAGAGCUAACAGGCUAACCGGGUUAGCUCCAGGCUAGCUGAACUCCAUUCAUCUCUGCUGGCGAAGUUAGCCGUUAGCAUGCAGUGUGUUAAUGUGGUGAAGAAGAGGAGUCUGGACGGGGACGUGGAGCCGUGGAGCUGCAGAGCGAAGCGUGUGUGUUUGGGGGUGGAGCUCCAGGUGACUGAGUGUCCAAUGGAAACGUCCCACAGCUUUGAAGUAUCCAAUCAGCAACAAGAACAGCAGCUGCAGGUCGGUCCGGUCCGGUCCAGAACGUCUCUCUGCUGCCCCCGGUGUCUGCGAGGGGAACCGGGUCACUUCAGUCACAUCACAGGCCACUGAAGGGUUAAUCAAUAAGUUGACCGGAGGAGCCGAUCGAUCAGCUGACUUGUCUCUCAGCCGUCCAAUGAGACUUCACUCCUGCUGGAUGAUGUCAUCAUGACCACGCCCACUGAACGGACCAGUCUGGUGCUUCCUUGUGACAUUUUAUUAUUAAUUUACAUUCCUGCUGAUUCAGUUUCAUUCACACUUCCUAAGCCAAUCAGGAAGACCGUUUAGUCGUUAUGAUGACUUAAACUUCAAUGAUCUGUAAACAAAUUUUUGUUGAUGUAUUCAGGGACAAUCUGAGUUUGAGCAUUUUAGAUCAUUUUCAAGUUAAAUCAGUUUGGAAAACGACUGAUUGAUUCCAGGGUUUAAGUUUGUAACAGCUCUCCAGGAGCCCGUCGGUGCUCAGAUAUCCAUGUGUCCCUGAAUGCACCGUUAUCAGCAGGAAUGAUUCUAAAGCCCCGCCCCCAUGCCUCUCCUAGCCAAUCAUAUGGCCUCUCCGCUAACGAGUACUAAUUAUUAAUCAGUGGUUGGUCACCCUGACUCGACCUUUGACCUCCAGGUAAGGGCUAUUUCACCUGUUAGCUCGUUAGCUUAGCUUGAUGGCUAACUCCAGCUAAACGUAAGGCGACUUUAUAAAUGUUUAACUCAGGAAACGUCUGUUUCUUUUAUUAAAAAUAAUUAAGAGAUCAUGAGAUCAUUCUAAAAAGGGACUAAAUGGAUUCUUGAAUCAGUGAAAUAUUAAUGUCUGAAAUCUAUAUUUUUAUAUUGUGAAUUAGUUUUUAUUAAUCUGACUGAAUGUGAUGCAGCGUCCUGCAGAGCUCUAUUUUUGAUGACAUCAUUUCCUGCUUUAAGACUGACCAAUCAGAGUGCAGCUUUGUACCACAGACUGAUUUCAAAAUAAAACAUUGUAAUAAAA